AUGGCGGCUUUUACUGUUCCCAGUACCACCGCCAGCACCAAGACCACCGCUGCAGCCAGGACAGCGGGCAGGCAAAGGCAAGGAGGCAGCGGGGAGAAUAGAGACGCGGGACAAAACACCUUUCAUGAGAAGACCCAUGAGUUCUUCCAGAUGUGUGACGUCGAGAACAAGGGCUUCAUCACCCGGCGCGACAUGCAGAGGCUGAACGGCGAGCUCCCUCUCAGCGCAGAGGAGCUGGAGAACGUGUUCGAUACCCUCGAUUCCGACGGCAACGGAUUCCUUACCCUCGACGAGUUCUCCUCGGGCUUUAGCCAGUUUUUAUUUGGCCAGAGGGUUUCUGUGGAGGAAGACAUGGGGGACCAUAACCCCGGGAAGAGUUCGCCAGAGGUCCUGUACCAGACGCAGUGGGAGGAGAGCCUGUCGAGAGGAGACGACGGUGAGGAGGAGAAACACUUCUGCAUGCUAAUGGAGAGCCUCGGAGCCAAAAGUGUUUUUGAAGAUCCUGCUGAGGUGCGUGGUCUCUGGGCUCAGCUGCGUCGGGAUGAACCGCAUCUUUUAUCCAAUUUUGAGGACUUCUUAUCCAGAGUAACGUCCCAGAUCAAAGAGGCCAACCAGGACAAGAGGGAGAUGGAGAGCGCUCUUGAAAGAAAAGCAGCAACACAUGACGAUGAGAUAAGACGCCUGUACGAAGAAAUGGAACAGCAAAUCAAAAAUGAAAAAGACAAGGUCGUGCUGCAGGACUACGAGCGGUUUCUGUCUCUGAGUCAAGACCUGGAGCUGCAGCUGUCCGGUAAAGAGAAAGAGUUGGAGCAUCUCUUCCAGAAACAGCGAGGGCUGGAGCUACAGUGCAAAGACCUCCACAGCGAACAACACGUGACCAAAGUGGAGAACGUGAAGCUGAAGCAGACAAACGACGAUUUGGCGCGGGAGCUGGAUCACACCAGUCAGGAGCUGAGCCUGGCCCAGGAGCAGCUGGGGUACCUGCAGGAGCAGUCCUCACGGCUCCACGAGGAGAAGGAGAUGGAAAUCUACAGACUGACUGAGGGACUUCAGAGAGAGAGAUCGAGUCUCCUCAAGCAACUGGACCUAAUGAGGGAAAUGAACAAACAUUUACGAGAUGAAAGGGACAUUAGCUAUCAGAAUCCAAAGAAUCACAACACGUCGACGGGUUAUAAGCAGAGGCCUCUAAUCGGUGCUGUCAAACAAAUGAACACAAACAUCUUCAAUAGUAGGGAUGAGGAAGAGCUGACGUCCAGCUCUGUGAGACAGAAUCUAACCAAUGGGUCGUCUCAGCCGUCCUGCCCAGCGGACACGAGGGGUCACCUCCGGAGGAUCAUCUCCAUUGAGGAGGACCACCUCCCACACUUGCUCCUGAGUGACUGUGAAACACCACCUCCCCUUCAGGAGUGUAAUGAAGGAGAGGAGGUCUUUGACAACGAGGAGAAUAUUGACUUGGUGAUGAGCGAUAUUCAUCCGCGUGCGUCUCCUGUCCGGCAGCCGGGAAAUAUGGAUGAAAGAGAUACUCCCACUUCUCCAAGGGGUCAGCCUGUUGGCAAAGAGACUAGUGUAAAUGAGGAAGGCGGCCUCUCGCCUCCUGACCGCCUCUUCAAGGUCGUCCUAGUGGGGAACUCGAGCGUUGGAAAGACCUCCCUCCUUCAGCGGUUUUGUGACAACUGCUUCAACCCGGGCACCUGUGCCACUGUGGGUAUAGACUACAGUGUCAAGACAAUAUCAGUGGACAACAGCCGGGUGGCGCUGCAGGUGUGGGAUACAGCAGGACAGGAGAGGUUUCGAAGCAUCACCAAACAGUUCUUUCGAAAGGCUGACGGCGUGGUGGUGAUGUACGACAUCACAGCCGAGCUGAGCUUCACUGCUGUCAGACACUGGCUGACGAGUGUAAAGGAAGGAGCUGGCGACGACAUUCCCAUCCUGCUCCUGGGAAACAAAACAGACAAGGAGAUUGAGAGACAAGUUCAGAAAGGUCUGGGUGAAAGACUGGCCAAGGACAGCCAAAUGGCUUUCUAUGAGUGCAGCGCCUGCUCCGGACAGAAUGUGAUGGAGUCCAUGGUUCAUUUAGCCAGAAUUCUGAAGGAACAAGAAGACAGAGAGAAGGUGAAGACGGUGGAGCUGCACGGCAGCCAAUCAGCGAAGAGUAGAUCCUGCUGCUAACAGUUAAACACACAAACAGACACACACACACACACACAACAGCACUACCCUUCACUAACACACGUCAGUGAGGAAACUUUAUGUCUAAGUGGUUUUCACCUGCUCCUCAGCCUCAUCGCAAAAACACAAAAUAUCUACUGUCACAGAUGUUAU